UCCUAAAUCUGUAAAACAACCAUUGGUGUUGCACUUUUUAGCACAAGGAGUUGAGCAAUGGAUUAGACAAUACUACAGAAAUUGUGACAAGAUACUGGUAGUGGGUGAAGUUGAUUUCUCCUUCUCUUCUAUUUUGGCCUCCUUUGGUUUAGCUUCUAACAUGACCGCCACUACUCUCGAGUCCCGUGAUUUUUUCAUCAAAGAUUAUGAUAAGAAUGCUCUUGAAAACAUUGUUACUUUGAGAAGGAAGGGAUGCAAGGUCAUGCAUGGUGUUGAUCCCAAGUACCUGGCUGACCACUCAUUAUUGCAUGGUGUUGUUUUUGAGCGGAUAGUCAUUAUUCUUCCGUUUUUUGGUUUUCCCAACUUGAAAUCCCGCACUUUCCGACUAAGAAGGCAUCAAUUCCUUGUGAGGGAGUUUAUAGAAAAUGCUAUGAAGCUGAUUGAUAAAAAUGGAGAAAUCCAUAUAGCACAAAGGAGGAUAAGAGGUCUCCGAAGUGAAUGGGAAAUGAUCCGAGCAGCUGAUUUCAAUGUUGAUGAUUGUCUCUAUACCAGAUUUGAAUUUGUAACGCCAUCUUCAAGCUACUAAAUCAUUCGUCCGCAUGGAAUUCUGAUAACAAAGUGAUAUUCAAAUUUUAAGUCCAUGGUUCAUGGUUGGUAGAAUGGCUCCAACACACACACACAAAACUGUUACUAAGAUUGCAUCAACAUUUGCUCUCCAA